AUGCUUGGGAGCAUCGACUGCAUGCAGUGGACAUGGAAGAACUGUCCAACUGCCUGGCAAGGUAUGUAUACUGGGCAUUUUCAUGAACCUAUAAUUAUUUUGGAGGCCGUAGCUAGUAAAGAUCUUUGGAUAUGGCAUGCCUUCUUUGGACUGUCGGGGUCUCACAAUGACCUCAAUGUUCUACAUCGUUCACCAGUUUUCGCACAACUUGCGGAGGGAAGAGCUUUACAGUGCAACUAUACUGUCAAUGGACAUGAGUACAAUAUAGGAUACUAUCUCGCCGACGGGAUUUAUCCAGAGUGGUCCACAUUUGUGAACACUAUUCCAGCACCUCGAGGAAACAAGCAUAAGUACUUUGCUCAACAACAAGAAAGCACAAGAAAUAUGUUGAGCGAGCUUUUGGCGUGUUGCAAGCUCGAUUUGCGAUUGUUCGUGGAUCAGGACGUUUCUGGUAACCUUGUGUGCUGA